AUGCACUCUAUUUGCUCUCUUAACCCUGCAACUCAGGCCCUCUCUCCUAUCUUUUCUACUCGAGAUUUCUGACUAGUCUUGAAGCGAAGGACAUGUAUGUUUGAGGGUGUCCGUAUGCGGACUCAAUCGAGGGAGAGCGGGGGAGAGCGGGGGCGCUCCCUUCGAUCUAAUUCGAAACAUACGUUGUCGACAUGUUGUGGGGCACAUCGACAUGGAAAGGAACGCGGGUGUGGGUGAGGGCGGGGGCGAGGGCGAUUCAGCGAGGGAGAGGUGGUGGUGCGACGGAGACAAGCGAUGCGCGUCGUCAUCUGCAAUGAGCGCAGACGACGUCAAACGCCCGGCGCGUCCCCCUCCCGUUCGGCGGUUCUUCUGCACACCUACAGAAUCAUUGGAGUUCGCUCGUCUUCCGAGGGCAGAGGGGGUUCGUCGAUAUCUCUGAAAUCUGCGAUGCGGUCGAGCUACCUCGACCUAGCUCCCCGGAACUCGCCCGGUCGCGUUCGAGGGGUUGUGAUCAGGCUUCAGGGUCUUAUACCAAACCUCCGGUCGUCAAAAAGAAGGCCUCUAAAUGCUGGCAACGUGAACGGUGUUCCAAUAGGUGCUUGGAAGCUGCUGGUAGUCUGUUCGAGGAGGUAGGAACGCUUUCUUCUCUUCUUCAAAGUUCUGACGACGCCCGUGACAGCCCAUCUCGCCCUCAGAUCCUUCGCGAAGUGUCUUGUACGGCGACAGGAGCGUGGCACAGCGUUCGAGCGUCUACGCUCUGGGUGUGCUCGUUGACUGUCUCCGUAGUAAUCGAUCCAAAAUAUGUACCUCUACGCGUUCCUGCAUGAUAACGGCCUCGCCAAGGUGCGGACGGUGCACGAUGGGCGAGCACAUUCGGAGCGCGGGAGACGGGAGCUAUAACGAACGUCACACAAGGACUCAAAAGAGUCAAGCAAGUGUACGUGCAUCAUACACUCUAGUGGGCUGUGGCUUUCGGGAGGACCUGCAGUAGUCUCGAGUUCGUCUGUGCUUGCACGGGUGUGGCAGUCGAGGAGUGAGCAGCGCGUUCUGGUUCGAACUACGUGCCGCCAACGUCAUCCUCGGUCCCAUUGACACGUCGACGUGAUGCGUGCACCGGUGAAGAUGAGAGAGAGAACGAGCGAUGCUCGCUCGCUCUGGUUCGAAUAGGGGCCGAGGGGCAUAAGGGCCCACAUGCCCUCUGUUGGCUCUCUGAGUCCCGUAUCUCCAGCUCUUCCUAUCUUCCUGUUCUGAACUCUUCAGGAUUGUCUUGAAGCGACGAACAUGCACGUUUACGUGUAUUCGUGCGUUCGUGUGUUUGUACGUUCGUACAUGUGUAUGCGGAUGGGACCGACGAAGGGCGAAGGGCGAGGGGAAGGGGGAACGCUUACUCGUUCGCUCUGACCUGGAAUAGACAUUGCCGACAUGGCAUGAAUUCGUGUCGACAGGCAAGAGAAAGUGGGU